AUGCCAGAGAACUCAGAUUGCCACCGUCUUUGUCAAACCAGUCAUCCGCAUGCUUGCUGUCGCCCAGAAAAUCCGAAGCGGGGCUGCGUGUGCAAGGGAAAAGGCCAGUGCUUCUGCACCGGGACCAAAGGGGAACAGGGGGAGAAAGGUUUUCCUGGACCCGCUGGUCGUCCUGGCCAGAAAGGAUUUCCAGGUCCUGAAGGCUUGCCUGGACCACAAGGACCCAAGGGCUCUCCAGGACUUCCAGGACUCACCGGUCCCAAAGGUGUCAGGGGAAUAACUGGAUUACCAGGAUUUUCAGGUUCUCCUGGACUUCCAGGAAUCCCGGGCCACCCUGGGCCUUAUGGACUGGCUGGUUUACCAGGAUGCAAUGGUUCUAAGGGUGAACAAGGAUUUCCAGGCAUUCCGGGGACUCCAGGCUACUCAGGGCUUCCAGGUCCUGCCGGCAUGAAAGGACAAAAGGGUGAACCUGCUCUUGGAGAAGACAGGGAAUUCAAUGGGAAAGGCGAGCCAGGGCUGCCAGGGACUCCAGGAUUCCAGGGUUUACCAGGCCUUCCAGGCUUUCCAGGGCCUUCUGGCCCCCCAGGCCCUCCAGGAUUCUUGGGCUUUCCAGGUGCUAUGGGACCUAGAGGACCAAAGGGUCACAUGGGCGAUAAUGUGAUCGGACAAAAAGGAGAGCAGGGUGUGAAAGGAUUAACAGGACCUCCCGGACUACCAGGAACAGUUAUCAUAACACUCACUGGCCCAGAGAACAGGACGGACCUCAAGGGGGAGAAGGGAGAUAAGGGAGACAUGGGUGAACCUGGACCUCCUGGGCCCCCAGGACGACCUGGGGACUCAUAUGGAUCAGAAAAGGGUGCACCUGGUGAACGUGGCCCCCCGGGAAAACCUGGGAAAGAUGGUGCUCCUGGCUUCCCUGGCACUGAGGGAGCCAAGGGCAGCAGGGGCCUCCCCGGGUUAAUGGGUGAAGAUGGCAUUAAGGGUUGGAAAGGAGACACUGGCCCUCCAGGAUUUCGUGGUCCAACAGAAUAUUAUGAUGCAUACUGCGAAAAGGGAGAUGAAGGAAUGCCAGGCCCACCUGGGCCCAGAGGAGCUCGUGGCCCACAGGGUCCUAGUGGCCCCCCUGGAGUUCCUGGAAGUCCUGGACCAUCAAAGCCUGGACUCAGAGGACCCCCUGGAUGGCCAGGCUUAAAAGGAAGUAAAGGGGAGCAAGGACCCCCUGGAAAGGAUACCACAGGGCCUCCUGGACCCCCAGGAUGCCCUGGUUCACCUGGCCAGGCAGGCCUACCAGGACCACCAGGACCUCCAGGUGACAUAGUUUUUCAACCGGGUCCACCUGGUAACCCAGGAGUUCCCGGUGAUGUAGGAGCUCCAGGAGUCCCAGGAGUAGAUGGGCCCAAAGGAGAACCUGGCCUUCUGUGCACACAGUGCCCCUCUAUCCCAGGGCCCCCUGGCCUCCCGGGAUUGCCAGGGUUAGAUGGACUCAAAGGAAUCCCAGGAGGACAAGGUGCGCCUGGCAUGAAGGGAGACCCGGGGCUCCCAGGACGUUCAGGUCUCCCAGGAUUUCCAGGGUUCCCAGGUGAUACGGGGCAUCCUGGACUUAAAGGAAGCAAAGGUGAGACAUCUCCACCCCAGGGCCGAGUGGGUGACCCAGGUGAUCCUGGGCUCAGAGGCCCGCCUGGGAGAAAGGGCUUCGAUGGAAUUUCUGGAACUCCGGGAGCGAAAGGAUUACCAGGACCUAAGGGCGAACCGGCCCUGAGUGGUGAGAAGGGGGACCAGGGUCCUCCAGGGGCUUCUGGCUCCCCUGGGCCCCCAGGACCUGCAGGACCAGCUGGAUUACCUGUCUAUGGACCCCAGGGAGAGCCAGGUCCAAAGGGAAGCCAAGGAAUUCCUGGAAUCCCAGGACCACCUGGAGAAGCCGGUCUUAAAGGAGAACCCGGUAUAUCAACACCAGUUCCAGGACCCCCAGGACUUCCAGGGCCCCCUGGUAAUGCUGGCCCCCGAGGUCCACCUGGCUUACCUGGACCUGUGGGAAAAUGUGAUCCUGGUCUUCCCGGACCUGAUGGUGAACCAGGAAUUCCAGGAGUUGGAUUUCCUGGGCCUCCUGGACCUAAGGGAGAUCAAGGUUUUCCAGGAAACAAAGGAUCACCUGGCUGUCCUGGAGAAAGGGGAGAGCCUGGCCUUCCUGGACACCCAGGCCUCCCAGGAGCUAAGGGAGAACCAGCACGAGCCGGGCCUGGAGAACCAGGAAAACCAGGUUUUCCAGGAGAAGGAGGCAAUCCCGGGGAAAGUGGAGACAUUGGCCUCCCUGGGCUUCCAGGCCUCCCUGGAAUUCCAGGAAAAGGAGGGCUUGAUGGACCUCGAGGAGACCCAGGGCAGCCUGGACCCCCCGGAGCAAAAGGACCCCCAGGGACAUGCAUACAGGGACCUAGGGGAGCCCCAGGGCUUCCAGGCUUAAAUGGAUUGAAAGGGCAACCAGGUAGAAAAGGUGUCACAGGGCCAAAAGGAGAUCCGGGCAUCCCAGGCUUGGAUAGGUCAGGCAUCCCUGGAGAACCUGGACCACGAGGAAUACCAGGUCAUCCAGGUGAGAUGGGAUCACCUGGCCAAAAGGGUUAUCCAGGAGCUCCAGGAUCCUCGGGGCCACCAGGUAGGAAAGGAGACGUUGGAAUGAUGGGCUAUCCUGGAACCACUGGCCCUCCAGGACCUCCUGGGAAGCCAGGCUCUCAGGGGCAGAGGGGUAGCCCUGGAAUUCGGGGACUGAAGGGUGAAAGAGGAUGGCCUGGACCCAAAGGUGAACCAGGAGAGAAAGGGCACCCGGGGCCUUCCCAAAUAGCAAACUUAAAGGGAGACAAAGGAGAACCUGGGCUCAAAGGAUUUGUAGGAAAUCCAGGUGGAAAGGGAAACAGGGGCAUUCCAGGGACACCAGGUCUGAAAGGCAUCCAAGGACCACCUGGGCCACCAGGCCCUCCAGGCCCUAGAGGAGAUCGUGGAAGCAAUGGAAAUCCGGGAGGACCAGGGCCGUGGGGCAUGCCGGGAAGCAUGGGGAAUAUGGGUGUGCCAGGUCCCAAAGGCAAAAAAGGAAUUUUUGGGCCACUGGGUCUAGCUGGAAGACCAGGCCCACCAGGGAUUCCUGGUCCUCAAGGAGAUAAGGGAGAGCCAGGUCAUUCAGAAGGUGCAAGGCUAGGACCACCAGGACCAAAGGGAGAUCCGGGAUUGCCAGGUGACAAAGGAAAGAAAGGAGAAAGAGGAUCACCUGGUCCACCUGGACAGCCAGGGCCUGCUGGACGCGAGGGAGCCCCUGGGAGUCCCGGAAGUGCCGGUCCCCCAGGAAAGCCGGGUCCUGAUGGUGACUUGGGGCUCAAAGGCAUGAAAGGCUUCCCCGGCCCUCCAGGAAUGACAGGCCAUCCAGGCCCUCUAGGAUUUCCAGGACCUCCAGGACCAAUGGGUAUGAGAGGUAACCAAGGAUGUGAUGGAAUUCCUGGUCCACCUGGAGAAAAAGGAGAAUCAGGCUUGCUGGGGGCCGAUCCAGGCCCCAAAGGGAGCCCUGGUGUUCCAGGUACCAAAGGAGACAGGGGAACCCCUGGCUGGCCUGGCCUCCCUGGCCGAAAGGGAGCCAUGGGAGAUGUUGGGCCUCGAGGACCACCAGGCAUCACAGGACUCCCAGGACCACCAGGUCUACCUGGGGCAAUUGUCCCCGGCCUAAAAGGAAACCGAGGUCCGCCUGGCUCAAGAGGAAAUCCAGGUAAGCCAGGUUCCCCUGGACCUCCAGGAAGUCUUGUAAAAGGCAUAAAGGGUGACAAAGGAUUUAUGGGGCUGCCUGGACCCGAAGGUCUACCUGGAACUAUAGGAGACAUGGGCCCACCAGGUCAUCCGGGAGCACCAGGAACCCCAGGCCUUCCAGGACUCAGGGGUGAUCCAGGAUUCCCUGGGUUUCCAGGCAUGAAAGGAGAGAAGGGUAAUCCAGGAUUUCUUGGACCAAUUGGACACCCAGGACCAAGUGGGCCCAAAGGACCCCCUGGUGCACGUGGAAAACCAGGCACACUUACGAUCAUCUCCCUUCCGGGAAGCCCAGGGCCACCUGGCCCACCUGGUCAGCCAGGGAUGCAAGGAGAUCCUGGAACACCAGGGCCGCCAGGAAUCCCAGGACCCUGUGGGCCUAGAGGUAAACCAGGCAAAGAUGGCAAACCAGGAACUCCAGGACCAGUUGGAGAAAGGGGUAACAAAGGCUCUAAAGGACAGCAAGGGCCACCUGGAUUAGAUGGCUUGCCAGGUCGGAAGGGAAAGCCUGGAGACAUGGGAGCACCUGCCACUGAGACGAGAAUGCGAGGCUUUGUCUUCACCCGACACAGUCAGACCACAGCCGCUCCUUCCUGUCCAGAAGGGACACAGCCACUCUAUAGUGGGUUUUCUCUUCUUUUCGUACAAGGAAAUGAGCGUGCCCAUGGACAAGACCUUGGGACUCUUGGCAGCUGCCUGCAGCGAUUCACCACAAUGCCAUUCUUAUUCUGUAAUGUCAAUCGUGUAUGUAAUUUUGCAUCUCGAAAUGAUUAUUCAUACUGGCUGUCAACACCAGCUCCAAUGCCAACCGACAUGGCUCCAAUUACCGGCAAAGCUCUUGAACCGUAUAUUAGCAGAUGCACGGUCUGUGAAGGUCCUGCAAUGGUCAUCGCUGUCCACAGCCAAACCACGACCAUUCCCCCAUGUCCCCAUGGCUGGGUUUCUCUCUGGAAAGGAUUUUCUUUCAUCAUGUUCACUGGUGCCGGCUCUGAGGGCGCUGGGCAAGCACUGGCGUCCCCCGGAUCCUGCUUAGAGGAAUUCCGAGCCAAUCCAUUUCUCGAAUGCCAUGGAAGAGGAACAUGCAACUACUAUUCAAACUCCUAUAGUUUCUGGCUGGCUUCAUUAAACCCAGAAAGGAUGUUCAGAAAACCCAUUCCAUCAACGGUGAAAGCUGGAGCGUUAGAAAACAUCAUAAGCCGCUGCCAGGUGUGCAUGAAGGAAAGACAGUGAAGAAGCCAAAGGAGACAGCACCGCUGGGGUUUCUUAAAUAACAAGUAAUGACUCAGAACAUGCAUGUGCAUUUCUCUCUAACCAUACAGCGGUUAGUGAAUCGAUGAAGAUUUAGUAAAACAAAGUUUCAAUUUGCUUUCCCUACACAAGAAAGCAUUUAUCUUAAAUUAGUUCUGUGACUUGAGUUUCUAAAUAUGUAUGGUUUCAGAGUACCCCGAAUGAAUGUAACUUUCCACAAAACGCUACUGAAAUCACAUUCCUUUUAUAU